AAACCAAAAGCAAUUUAAGUAGCGAGUGAUGCCCAUUGCUUUAGCACUCCCGUGAGCUCGCCUCUAUUUAUAACGCCUGUGGUGCCGGCCACUCUACUCCGCACCGCACCGCACCUCUUCCUUUCUCUCACUACCCCUCCUCCAAACAGGAGAGAGAAACCGCGCCUCCUCCUCUUAGGGGUCAAGUUGUAAGUUAACAGAGACAUUAUUGUUGCCUUCUCUUUUUCGGGCCACCAUGUGCUUGGGUCGCUGAACAAUGGGUGCUGGAGGGCGUAUGUCCGUACCCCCUGCCGAUAAGAAGGCAAAAUCCGACGUUGUCCAACGAGUUCCGCAUGCAAAGCCUCCAUUUACGCUCGGUGAGAUCAAGAAAGCCAUUCCACCCCAUUGUUUCAAGCGUUCUAUUCCUCGUUCAUUUUCCUAUGUCGUAUAUGACCUUGUCAUUGCCGCUCUGUUUUACUAUGUCGCCACAAACUACUUCCAUCAGCUCCCGCAGCCUCUCUCCUACAUAGCCUGGGCUCUUUAUGUGAUAUGCCAAGGUUGCAUCCUCACUGGUGUGUGGGUCAUCGCUCAUGAAUGUGGCCACCACGCCUUCAGUGAUUACCAAUGGCUAGACGACACUGUCGGCCUAAUCCUGCACUCAUUCCUCCUCGUGCCGUACUUCUCUUGGAAGUACAGCCACCGUCGCCACCACUCAAACACUGGCUCACUUGAGAAGGAUGAGGUGUUUGUCCCAAAGGUCAAGUCAGGGGUCAGCUGGUCUACCAAGUACCUGAACAACCCACCUGGCAGAGUCAUCACUCUCUUUGUCCAGCUCACUCUAGGCUGGCCUCUGUACCUUAUGUUCAAUGUCUCCGGAAGGCCUUACGACCGGUUUGCAUGCCACUUCGACCCUCAGAGUCCUAUCUACUCUGAUCGUGAGCGCGCUCAGAUCUUCCUCUCUGAUGCAGGCAUUCUUGCUGCCACCUAUGGGCUGUACCGUCUAUGCGCAGCUAAAGGACUUGCUUGGGUUCUCUGUGUCUAUGGUGGCCCAUUGCUUGUGGUCAAUGGGUUCCUCGUCUUGAUCACUUUCUUGCAGCACACCCACGCUUCCCUCCCUCACUACGACUCAUCAGAGUGGGAUUGGCUGCGCGGCGCCCUGGCCACAAUGGACAGAGAUUAUGGCAUUCUCAACACCAUCUUCCAUAACAUAACAGAUACUCAUGUUGCACACCAUCUGUUCUCGACCAUGCCGCACUACCAUGCGAUGGAGGCAACAAAGGCCAUCAAACCAAUCCUGGGCAAGUACUACCAGUUCGAUGGGACGCCUGUUUUUAAGGCCAUGUACAGAGAGGUGAAGGAAUGCAUCUACGUCGAGCCGGAUGAAGGCGAUGAGAACAAAGGUGUGUUCUGGUACAAUAACAAGCUUUAGAGAUUUGGGGAGAAUGUAGGAAAUGCAGUUUCUGGGAUGUUUGUUGUAGGAGAUUCUGCUUUGUUUAUGGUUAAAGUCUAGGUUGUGUUGGUUGCUUUCUGUUUCGAAGGUCUUAGUUUCAUGUCGGUUGAAUAAGACUCAGUUAGAACUUUUGUGUUCUUUGAAGUCUUGGUUCAUGUUGGAUGGAAUAAGACUACUAAGAACUAUUAAUGUUUUGUUGUUUUGAAGUCCAAA